UAGAUGCAGAAGAUAACCGGAGAGCUGCAGGCUGCGCGCUCGGCCCGCGAGUGGUGUUUGCCCCCCACCACGGCARGUCUCAGAUGAAGUGUUUGCCAGUCAUGACUCGGCAUGUCCUGUACCUAAGCUGAUAAAGCGUCUCUGCACUUUGCCGUCAAGUCUGUGCCACUCUGCUAGUACAGUGUGAGCUGUGCCUUGAACCUUGCACACAAGGACCUAGAGACCAAAGUCUUUCUCCUGCCUUAGUAAUGUUCCGGCGGUUAAAUAACAUGUUCAUGGGAGAGAUUGAGAGCUUGUCCAGCCAGGAGCCUGAGUUCAGUGAGAAGGAGGAUGAAGAAUGGAUUCUGGUUGAUUUUAUAGCGGACACUUGCACUAGCUGCUCCACAGAGGAGGAGGACCUGGCCAAGCCCUCGGCUGCCGACAGCUCUCCCGUCUUCCCGUGCCUGCCAGCUCCCUUGGAACGCUUGCCGGAGGCCACCGACUCCUGUUUCAUCCAGUUUGAUUCGUGCCCCAUGGAGGAGAGCUGGUUUAUCACCCCUCCCCCGUGUUUUACUGCAGGUGGAUUAACCACUAUAAAAGUGGAAACGAGUCCUAUGGAGAACCUUCUGAUAGAGCAUCCCAGCAUGUCCGUGUAUGCUGUCCAUAACACUUGCCAYGGCCUCAGUGAGAGUGGCUGUGCAAAGGAGGAGUUUCACAGCCCAGGUAGUCCCAGAACGGAGGCCCGAAGUGAGCUGGGACAGCGUGUUCACUGCUACGUGGCCACUCUUACCGCUCGUCUCCUGGAGAAAAACAAGAGCUUUUGGCCCAGCCGCCGCGUGAAGGACCGUAACGAAAGACUCUGUCCCACCAGAAACGGCCUCCGGCGCCUGAAUCUCGCCCGGGAAGGGCCCUCCCGGCAGACCAGGCACAACGGACUGUUUGUGCACCAGCCCUGCCAGCGUCAGUUCAAUUACUGAGGCCUCUCGGGGUCUCCAGCCAUUUUGUGUACUUCUGUUUCUUAGGUUGCUCUUGUUUUCGUGCAUAGAAGAUAAGCGUGGUCAAUCUGAAGCUGAUCAGCGGUUCCUCAGCCACAAUCACCACUAGCGUUAGGCUUGUCUGGAGUGACACGUGUGUCCCCAGGCGGCCUGCCUUGAGUCCUCAACGGUGGCGUUAAAUAGCGGUGUCUUGGAAGCCUAUCAGUACAAUAGUUGGUGUGACGUCUUUAUAAACUAUGAUGUAUAAAUGGGUAUUUAGUUGGUAUUUUAAAGAAACUUUUAACUGGUGGAAAAACUGGUUCCACUUUCGCAUUAAUCAAAAUGGAGUUAGAAAAUUUGAGGUUAGCUUAAAUGACCAGAACUUGACAGCUUGUGUAUUUGCAUUCAGCAUCUAUGAGUAUACUCUAACAAAACUAUAGCUGCCAAUGGAUAUUAGCUAGCUGUGCUGAACUCUUUCAAGAAGGGCCUCUGAUCUGCAUUGCCUCGUACUSCUUGCGUUGAGAGUGGAGUCAGUAGGUGGUCAGACACUUUAUAUGGGUGUCAGAAAAGGGUUAAAUGUCCCCARUAUUUCUGCAGUACAACAGGACACUGGUGUUACAGAUGUAGUACCUCACAGYGGAGUGAAAGGAGGAAUAGACCUAUAGGUAAGCGUAGACAAAUGAUCCAGAGCCAAAUUGUCUAGGGGGUUUAGUGCUCUUUUUCUCUAAUACCUUGCUGUUUUUCCACUCUCUUUGUUUUUUAAAACCUUUUUUUUCCAAAGACAGAACAAACUAACCUGUUGUGUUCAAUCUCUAGUCUGUUGAAGGAAAAAAGGGAUGGGUCAGCUGUUCUGCAUUAAGUUAAGCUGAUGGAUGGCUGCUCCCGAGCUGCUAAUUGCUGUUACGUUAUCACAGGUUGAGAGAUGCUCAAAAAUCACUAGAAGAAAGAAUUUGUCAGAAGUUCUCCCAAUUCUCUUGGCUAAAAUAAUGCUGAGUUAGCAGCUCCUGGGCAGCCUGUGGCAGGGAGAAGCAGCCCUGCAGGACUAACCGCAGUGACAGCAGCAUGUGUAGAAACCUCAGGUGCAUCAGCAGUGGUGGCUUUCCUGUUGGAUCCCAAACAUUUGGGGAGACAGACUGGAUAUAAGUGGUGGAGGAAGAGCUGUUCAAAACUAUCAAUAUUUUUUUCCACAUGCUGCUUGAAGGAGGCAGGUACUCAAAAGGUAAAGUUUAGUGUUUGAUGCAGCCACAUGAUACAUUGAACCCUGACAGAUCAACCUGGGAUUUGGGUUAAAUGAUUAUAGAAGGGAGGAAGCAAGUCCCAGAAGAAAGGGAGAAAAAUAAGAAACAUUUGCUCUUCUUUGUUUUACUGCAUUUAGUUCUUAGAGUGCUAAUGUAUUAAUGUUAUAUUCAACCAUGUCUUCCAGUAGCUCUUUCACAGAUGCUGGUGUAGGAAGUCAGGUAGGAAGCCUUUGAAAUUUAGGUAAGAGCAGUACUGUGAAUUAUUCUAGACCUACAAUAUGUUUCUCAAUUUGACCAAAUGUUUUAAUUUGACAGAAGCAAAAUUGGAGCAAUUUAAAUGUAGUUCUUGUAGUUGGCUCGGAACGUUCCGCCCGUGGAGCCACUGCGGCCUGUACGUGAUGCCCAGRAAAGGGCCCUUGCAGCCUUGGGGUCGCUGCAGAAGGGGCCCCUUCCUGGGUCAGGUGGGAUUGCUGCACGCUGCACUCCUGUCGGUGUGUGUUUGCGAGACCGAGCGGUGCUCUCCUGGCUGCGUGUUGGUCAUAGACUCCCAUGUGGACAGGGAAAGAAAACAAACCCUGCUCUGCUGAGGUUUCCUUGAUACCCUUCUCAGCAGUGUGUGCCCGUGUCCGUACAGCAGCACCGUGGUCCCGAAGCUCUGGCUUGUUUGUCUGCAAACAGCUGUAGCUUCAGCAGCCCCUGUGCAGUCGCUGACAAAAACGCUCUUACUUGCCUCGGGUUAUCUACCUGUAUCACUCCAACUCUUUGCCUAACUUAUAUUUCCUUCUCUUCACUGCCAGCUUUCUAGCUCAGGAAAAAUCCUGUGUUUUCUUUUUUUUAUAUAUAAGCAACUACUCUCCUUCAGCUUUAAUUUUCUUAAAGCUAAAUGAAGGAAGGAGUUUCCACCUCCCUGUAUCGGAAGGAGCAAGAAAUCCUUUCUCUUUUAAUGAAGAGAUGGAGUCAGGAGGAUAAAGGCUCCCAGGUAGUAGAAUGAGAGUCUUGGUCUGUAUGUGUGUGUUUUGGGGGGGGGGGAGUGUUUUUUAUUUUAAAGUAGGCAAGUAAAUGCAACUUCAGACUGCUCCUACAAUUGGGAGAUACUGAUCUUUUUAUACUACAUUGCUAGAUACCUUUCUGGUGAUGAAAGCCUAUAUCUUUCAGGAUAUAAACUGUUUUGUUGCACAAAGCUGUGCUUCUCAGUUUGUAAUAUUGGAAGCUGUAUUACUGUGUGAGAUUAGAGUACUGCAUCAGUGGCUUUUUGUUAAUUUGUUUUGCCUAUUUAUGUUGGUCUAGCCCCAUCUUGUGCCUGGAGCUGUUGGGCAAUUAGAUUUGUUCUGGUUUUCUGUUUUGAUCGUGAACUGUGUGGCUUUUUAUAUGGUUUUGAAUUAYAUUAUGGUAUAUUUGGAUUUUUUUCUCUGGUCAAAGCGGAGGCCUUGCACUGUCUCAGAUGCUGAUUGAUACUCAUGAAUCUUGCUGAAACUGAGUUUUCGUAUGUGUUCGUCAAUGGACAGACUURCAUUUUAAACAAAACUGUGCCUUUCGGUGUAACUUUACACAGCAAACUUGAAGAUUCAAAAGGGACAUUUCAGUUAUGAUUGAUACUGUACAUUCAGACUAUGCAUAUAUGGCAGCUUCUCUCCAGAGCCACUUCUCSAUUUGUAGCAGUCCUUUUGAUACU